AUGGCAUGUCUGGCAAGUCCUUCUGAUCAUUCUUUAUUUGUUUAUCGGAAGAACGACGUUAUUCUGCAUAUUCUUGUGUAUGUAGAUGAUCUUGUUAUUGCCGGCAAUAAUAGCAUUGCUAUUCGUAAGUUUCAGACUUAUCUUCAUAAGUGUUUUCAUAUGAAGGAUUUAGGAAAAUUGAAAUAUUGUCUUGGUAUUGAGGUAGCUCGAAGUUCAAAAGGGAUAUUUCUAUGUCAACGUAAGUAUGCUCUUGACAUUCUAAAAGAGACAGGUCUUCUUGGUUCUAAACCUGCGAGCAUUCCAAUGGAAGAAAAUCACAAACUAGCUCUUGCGUCAGACAAGCUCAUGAGUGAACCCGCUCGUUUUAGGCGCUUGGUGGGAAAGUUAAUUUAUCUUACUAUCACACGGACUGAACUUUCUUACUCCGUUCAUAUUUUAUCUCAGUUUAUGCAACGCCCAACUCACUCGCAAUGGGAUGCUGCUUUACGUGUUGUUCGUUACUUAAAGAGCAGCCCUGGACAAGGUAUUUUGCUUCGAUCUGAUUCUACUCUUGUUCUUAAUGCUUAUUGUGACGCUGACUGGGCCAGUUGUCCUCUUAGUCGUCGAUCUCUUACCGCGUAUUUUAUUUUACUCGGGGGGUCUCCUAUUUCUUGGAAAACAAAGAAGCAAACGACAGUAUCUCGAUCAUCUGCUGAAGCUGAAUAUCGCGCCAUGGCCUCAACUACUUGUGAAAUUAUAUGGUUAAAAGGUUUGCUUCGAAGUCUUGGUAUAAAGCAUCCUACAUCAGUUCCUCUUCAUUGUGAUAGUCAGGCUGCUUUACCCAUUGCCAAUAAUCCUGUUUUUCACGAACGAACCAAGCAUAUCGAGAUUGAUUGUCACUUCAUACGUGAUGAACUUCUUCGUGGUACUAUCGCUCCAUCUUAUGUUCAUACUACUUCUCAGCUGGCUGACAUUCUCACUAAAGCAUUGGGUCGUAAACAAUUCCAGUCUCUUCUUUUCAAGUUGGGCAUUUCGACUCUUCAUGCUCCAACUUGA